GAUCCACACACAUUGGAGGAAGCGUAGCAUAUCAGCAGAUAGAUCCAAAGUGAGACACGAUGAGGCUGAAGGCAGAGAAAGGCCAGUGCAUGAAACUUUGUGUUCGAGCUGUUUGGCACGAUACCAUAGAAGCUCUGAAUGCCAUGCAAGGAAUGUUAACUCACUUCUUACAACUCGUUACUACUCAAGCCAAUGUUCACUGUGUGGAGCACCAAAAAGAGACACAGUUUCUCCACCUGCAAACCAAAGCUUUAUUCAGAAGAAAGUUCGGCCACCAAGGGCCAAACACAUGCAACCAGGGGCUCUGUAUAUGGCCGUAGCACCUCCACCUCCAGUGAUUGGCAGUGUGCCCAUGCUCCAGUGUGUGCCAGUCUGUCCCUCAGUCCUCUAUUACUCCAGCCCUGUGGUGCCAACGUCCUACCAGAAGCCUUUUUACGUGUCACUAAGUGAUGGAAGAGGCUCAGGGGGUCAUCGGAGGCGCUCGCAAUCUGUAGACGCACAACGCUCUCUCAACCGUUCUCUGGGCCGUGCCAUCACCACCGCCAGCAGCGUGAGAGAGAUGUCACAGCGCAUGGUGCGCUCGCUCUCCUCAGGACUCAAUCACAUGAGCCCACUUGCAAAAUCCUGCACCUACUGAUGCUUAGUGACCUACAGGGAAACUGCACUCUGUAGACACCUAACGUGUUCCUGACGUGUGACUGGUAAACGGCAGCUGUAUUGUCAUUGCACUGAUCACGGCUAAACAGCCAUUUUAUGAAAAGCAAUUUCACAGUAAGUUCAGAUAUUGGAAAUUGUAUCUAUAUUGUUAGUGUCCUAGAUUUUGUACUGAGCUUCUGUAUUCCUGCACUGGAUUAUUAGUGCAGUUAUUUAGUUGUUAGCAGCAUUUAAUUAUCAAUGUAAUGCAUCUUUAUUAAAUAAUCAAAAUCUCGUAACAGAAAAUGCUGCUCCAAUAAGUUUACUAUUAACAGUUUUUAGAAUUGCUUGUUAGUUUUAUUUAAUUUAUGAGAUGUUGCUUGUUAUUUGCUGUUAUUUGCUUUAACGAUCAAUUUUGCCCAUAACACAACACCAAGCAAGCAAAGUGAGUGUGACAAUGUUGAUCAAUCAGAGGGACAUUAGUCAAUCAUAGGCAAACUGAGCUCAUGUGUGCGAAAGACGGUAUAUAGAACUUUUAUUCCGAGUGUGACUUUACUAUCAUGCUGGUGGAAAAUGGUGAAUGAACAAAUCAAAGGGAAAAGGAGUAAAAAAAAAUAAUAAAAAUACAUGUCUAGAUCACUGACACCCAAAGUAAAUUUUUUUUAUGUUGUAUUUUAUAAGAUAGAAAGUACUAUUAUAGUUAAUAUAGUACAUCUUAUAGUUAAUAGACCAACAUUUCUAUUUAGGCAGCAUGAUUAUUUUGACAACAGAUUGCAGUAUGGAAUUAUCCAUAUGCAGUUUAGUUUAAACAUUAUAACUAAAAUGACUGUAACCCAACAAAUCUACACUGCAAAUACUAAUCAGUUGAUGUUGAAAUUGUAUUUACAGGAUAGAAUUAAUUUCUCUGUGAAUGAUCAAGAAAGCAGAUGUGUUUGUGAAGAAAUUCAGAAAUGUUUGUCUUUUUGUACCAUUAUUAGAAAAAUCAGUUAUUAAAAAAAUUCUUCAAACUUA